AUGACUUCCGGAAUAGACUUGCAGGCUUUGCUCAGUCUAACGAACUCACAAUACCGGAUCAAUCAUUCGUCACCAGCUGGUCAUCCAUACGAUAAGAUCAUCGUGGGCGCGCGCGCAGCCAACGAAAAGUUCUUCCCUAAUGUGUUUCCAAUCCCCGGCGGCCAUGUCGCAGACACAGACACCGAAAUCUUCCAAACGCUGGUGAGAGAAGUCUACAAAGAAACUGCUCUAUCGUUCAACCCUGUCAAAGCGAGCACAAAGCCAUUUGCUUAUGCCACAGAGAAGACGGUUAAGCAGGGUGAGGAGAAGGUUGUGUUGCAAAAGUCCUCCUUGCAGCUCAAUUUUGUGUGCGAGGUCAGAAAGGGAACACUCCGUGUCAAUCCCGAAGAGCAUUCUGAGGGGAUAUAG